UUGACAAUCACAAACAAUACAUAGAUAUAUUAUAUUCAUAUAUGAUGGCUAAUGCUAAUGGAGAAAUAUCUAGUGAGAAAUUAAUAGAUCUAAGGGUUGUGGAUCUCCGUAAUGAACUGGAAAAACGUGGACUCGAUAAAAGUGGAGUGAAGGCCGUAUUGUUGGAACGUCUUGAACAGGCUCUAAAAAGUGAAGGAGAAACUCUUGAACAUACUGAAGGAAGUAAAGAAAAAGCAGAUACAGUUCCAACCAAUGCAACUGACUUGGGAGAAAAUGAGGUUUUGAGUGAAGAUAAAUUCCAGGAAGAAAGUGAACCUACAGAUGUUCUUCAAAAUAAAUCAACUGCAGACAUGGAUGAGAAAGAUGCAGAGACAUCUGGUGUCUUUUCAAACACAAAUCCAGACACUGACUCUCUGCUCCCUGGCAAAACUUCUGUGGAAGAUCUUUCUGAAAAUCAACUACUUUCAAGUGAUACCAAACCAUCAGAUAUGUUGAGAAAUGACACCUCUGAUAAAGACCAAUUUGUGGAAGAGCUACCUGCCACUACUUUAGAUACAAACAAAGAAACUGAUGCUGCUCUGCAGGGAGAAUCUGAUGAUCCAUUAAAGAAUACCAUGGCAUUGCCAGAACAGUCAUCUUCAUCUGCAGAGACGAAUACAAAAGAAGAAAAGAGUGAAAUGUCCACAUCAACAGAGAAUAACACAAAAGAAGAAGACAGUAAAAUGUCCUUGUCAGCAGAGAAUAAUACAAAAGAAAAAAGAAACAGUGAAAUGUCUUCAUCCACAGAGAAUAACUCAAAAGAAGAAAAUAGCGAAAAAUCAUCCUCAUCAGCCAGUGUGAAAAGCACAACAUCACAGAAAUGUAAUGAAAUUAAAGGAGAUAAGGUGGCCAAAACAGCUGUCUCGGAAAGUUUACCUUCAACACCAAGAGUUAAACGUAAAGCACCAUUUGCAUUAAAAGACACAGUCAGUAUGGACACUUCCAACACUCAACAGGGUGAAGAAAAUGAAUCACUGAUUGUACAUGUUGAUGAUACACAGAAUGAUUUAGAUGCUGAUCUUGUGGCAUCAAAGGACAAAGUGCGUGGCAAAACUGAAGCGAAGAAAACAGAUGGAAGCAAAGUUGAAGAAAGGGCUAAAGGUAAAACAGAAGGAGGGCAAACUGAGAAGAAGGCUGAUGAAAAGAAAGAUGAUAAAGAUGUAAAGUCGAAGAGUUCUUCCGAUUCUAAGCCCAAAGUUCUCAAAAGCAUCAAAAGCAACAACCAAAACAGUCGGAAUUUGUGGGUCAGUGGUCUUGCUUCAAGUACCCGUGCUACAGACCUUAAGAAGCUUUUUACCACAUAUGGCAAGGUUGUUGGUGCCAAAGUAGUGACAAAUGCACGAAGCCCUGGUGCUCGAUGUUAUGGUUUUGUAACUAUGUCUUCUUCACAUGAAGCUACUAAAUGUAUUCAACAUUUGAAUCAGACUGAACUGCAUGGCCGUAUGAUAUCCGUUGAAAGGGCUAGAAAUGAACCGGGAGCUCAGAUAAUUAAAAUGCCAGAAACAAAAACAGCAGAAAAAAAAGGAGAAAAGGCUGAAGUGAAGAAAGACGAGAAAAAAGUUGGUGAUAAGAAAGAAGGAGUGAAAAAAGUUGACAAAAAGGAGCCAAAGAAAGAUGACAAAGACAAGCGACUGCUCAACAGAAGGGAUGAUAAAUACAGGAGAAUAUCCAGCAGGAGAAGCGACAAAGAUAGGAAGACAUCCAGCAGGAAAGAUGAUAAAAAACUUCCUUGCAACAGCAGCAGUCAUCAUAAACCAUCAGAUAAAACUCAUGUGACUACACCAAAUAAAAGUACAGCUAAACCAACAACAAGUUUGAAGCCAGCUACAAAAGAAGACUCUGAGAAAAGUGCAAAGCCUGCAUCUCCAUCAUCAGCAAGCAUCAAAGAGAAGGCUUCUGGUACACCAAAGCCUAAAUCACAGGGGUCUACUACCUCUUCUGCCAAGAAAGAUAUUUUAUCAUUUGAUCAAAUAAAAAAGGAAAGAGAACGACAACGUUUACAUCAGAGACGAAGGCGUCUUAAAGAACAGGAGAGGCGUCAUUUGAGAAAGCUUGAUCAGGCUCGUUCGCUUCAGCAAGAUUUUGAUAGGAAACAGAAAGAAAAAGCUCUUAAAUUGGAGAGAGUUAGGGAGGAUUUAAGGAGAGAGAGACAGAGAUUAGAAAAAGAGUUAUUGCAAACAGAAAGAUAUAAGUUGGCACAAGAGUUUCUUGAAAGGGAGAGAGUUCGUGAAGAGCAACAUCGGGCUGAGCUGAUGCGGUUAGAAGAAAUGAGACGUUCCAUGAAAAGACCUUAUGAGGAAGAAUUAUGGGAUGAACCAAAACGAUCCAGGAUGAGCAAUUCCAGUAACCCUUCUAGAUUUGAACUUCCAUUCCAGAACGAAUCUCGCUAUAGGGAAUAUGAGCAUGCAGAUGAUGAAAGACGUGUUGAGUGUUAUGAGAGGAGGGAGAGUAGAACUUUGGACGGUGGAGGUCACUUUGAUGAACGCAAAGAAAGAGAAAUGACGAGAAGAGAGGUCAGUCAUGUCCGAAAUAUUCGUGAACGAAAUGAAAGACGAACGGAUGUCAGGUCUCGAACAGAUGAAAAUUUCAAUCGGACACCCUAUGAAUUCAGAAGAGAUACAGGACUAAGUCGAGAAAGAUUCAUUAGCUCUGAUCAAGGACGAGAUUCUGACAGACGAAAUAUUUCAGCUCAUGAUAGAUUAGGCCGAGUGAGAAGUUCUCCUGUUGGUGGACCUGACCAGAGACCUUGGGGUUCUGGCGGUGUAGAUAGGAAAGUGGACAACUGGUCCCACAUGCAAGGAAACGUUGGCAACAGUGGCAUGAACCGAUCCAAUGGCCGGUGGCUUGGGGAUUCCAUGAACACAACUGGCCAUAAUGCCACAGGAGCAUUUGUUGACAAUGGUAGACCCGGUAACAAUGAAGGGAUGGGGCAGAACUCGAGACCUGGUAACAUGUUUAGCAGCUCUCAGUCACAAGGUGGGAUGAUGAUGAAUACACAUGGUGGUGGUAAUUUUGGUGGUAAUAACAUGGGUGGUCGAAUGCAACAGCCUUGUUUUGAUGCUUAAAAGGUUAUGAGGCUUGUGUGAAACUCAAACUGAGGACUUUGUUACAGGUGGAGAUGGAAGUCAGAGCAGGGUGUUUGUCUAGGAGGAUCAGAUGGAAUCUGAGACACAGAAUAAAACCUUCCUUUACUGUCACAUAUUCUCCAUUCCAGUUGUCAUUUUCUCUUCAGUUCUUGGACAUCUCAUCAUUCUUUCUGUUCAUAUUUAUCAUAUUUAACAUAUAACACAUACACACACACACCACAUACACUCUGUCUUCUUUAUAUCACAAUCUCUACCCACUAUUUGUAGUCUUAAUGUAUUUAUUUCCUAUGUAUAUGUUGCUAUAUUUUAUCUCUAAUAUUCUUCCUCCUCCUUCAUGCAAUUGAAUGUAUUAAUGAGAGAGAAGUGAGUGGAAGAGAGAACAAAUAGACUGUAUUUAUGAAAGCGGGGGAGCAGGGAAGAAGAGCAACCACAGACUGUUAUAACAAAGUACAAGAGACCACAUAGAAUGUAAUAUAUGGAGAAAUAAAUUUUAUUUGCUGUAAAACACAUAAA